AUGAAGACAUCCAUCGCUUACAUCAUCGCCGCGGCCCUCUUCGGAGCUACGCAGGCUGCCAUCACCCCGAUGAACAACAUCAUUCGUCACGAGUACAACCUCAACGCCAGAGCCGGUGUUCACGGCAACAUUGAGAGAGACGAGCCCGCCAUUGCCCCCGAAGGCGAUGUUCUGCAGCCCAUUGACGAGAGCAAGACCAAGGGAUCGGAAGGACUUUCGGUUGGCAAGGAUAUUCCAAGGCAAAGCGAGGAGCGCCGGCUUAACGGGUUGAAGCCGCGAUGA